CAAUGAAUUAAUGUUGACUCCUCAACGACUUAGAUUUCUUUUAUAUAGUGCCCAGCACCACAUAUAAACUAAGGUCCACUCACUGCUCGAUUUGAUAUCUCAUCGCCGUCGUCACCUCCACCAUAAACCACCACCAACCACCACCUCCAGCAUUCAAAUGGAAAGGUUGAAAACACAAACUCAUGAUUUCUUGAACGAAGAAUCUUUCUCUCGACUUCCCUUUUCCCCUCACUUGCCACCCAAAGAGAAUUCAAUUAGGCUGUUCGGGAAAGAAUUUGGUGGCGGUGAUCUGGCCACCGUUAUCACCGACGAGUCUAGUUCAGCGAAAAGUACCACCACCUUUAUCCAGAAUGAAACCAAAGAAAACGGAGAAAGUUGCAGGAAAUUUGAAUGCAAUUAUUGUUGCAGGAACUUCCCUACAUCUCAAGCCCUUGGAGGCCAUCAAAACGCACACAGAAGGGAAAGAUUACAGGCCAAGCGUCCACAUAUCCUACCCUUCUCGAUCCACCGUAGCUCCUCCAAGCCACAACUGCAUAAUGCCAUUAACAACCACAAUCACAACCUCACCACCACCACCACCACCACCUCACCACCCUAUCGCCAUCAAUCCACUAUAAAAAACAUCAUCGACUAUAGCAAUAAUUUAAGGUUUUAUGGAGGAAAAACUUCUUACACUUCCCAUCAAACACCCAUCAACGGCAGGCCAUUGGCGUUGUGGAGAUUUCCCAUGGUGGUGCACAACUCAACUACAUUUAAUCACGGCAGCUUGUUGAAUUCCUCAGACACCGGAUCGAGGUCUGGGAACCUAUACAUGCAUGAAUUGCAGCAAAACAUUCAUGAUCAAGUUAGUUUGGAUUUGCAUCUUUAGUAUUGUAGUAUUAUUUUUUAAUCUUUUUGAGGAUAUGUUUUCCUCAUUGCAAGAUCAGUACAUGCACUAGCUAGAUCAUGGGAUUCGUUUGUUUAUUAAUGCAUUCAUAUUAUGACCGAGAACUGUUAGUAAUUAUGUUAUGAGUUAUGUCUGUGACAAGAUCCAAUAAUUAAAAGGUAGCGCAUUGACUUGUGUACAUAAAUAAUUAUAGCACGAUAAUGUUAAAUUGUCAAAUUA